CAAGAUAUUUUCAUCCAUGAAAUCAAACAUGGAGUUUCUUGUGCUCUUUCAAUACCCUAUCGUCACUGUUGGGGUCAUUGUUGCUGCUCUAUGGAUAAUCUCUAUGUUUCCAAAGGCUAAAGGUCGACUUCCCUUACCUCCGGGGCCACCUGCAGACCCCAUCAUCGGACACUUACGAUUCUUCCCGUCUCAAGAUGUCGGGGAGUAUUUCCACGAGUGGUCAAAAACAUACGGGGACAUUAUGUACCUAUCAUGUCUCGGGCGAAAUAUCAUCGUUCUCGAUAGCGUCGAAGCGGCCACAGAACUUCUCGACAAGCGAGGAGCUAUUCACAGCUGUAGACCAAAGUUCACAGUCUAUGCCCUGUGCGUUAUCUCUAUCAUAACCCAGACUCCGUAACACUUUGUUGACUUUCCCUCCUUCUCUAGAAUGGGAUGGACGUCGGCGUUGACGCUUCUACAGUAUGGGAAACAAUUCAUCAAACACCGAAGGAUGCUACACGAGUUUCUGAACCAACAUACGUGUUUGGACUACCUCCCCACCCAAACCGAAGAAGCUAGGAAGCUCGUGAGGAAUAUCAUCGCUGAACCCGAUGAGUUUAGAAACUAUCUAGCCAGGUUCGCAGCAAGUUCCAUCUUGCGUGUAGCAUAUGGACAAAGCAUCGAAUCUGACUCGGAUCCGUUCUUGGGAAUGAUUCACGACGUGACAGAGGCUGUUAAUAAGGGUGGGGCUCCCGGUAAUACGCCGGUGGAUUUCUUUCCAUGGUUGCGACACCUUCCAUCUUGGUUCCCCGGGACAUACUAUAGCACCCAUGCACAUCGCUAUAGGCACAGGAUCCUCAAAUUACACUCUUAUCCCAUCGAGCUCGUUCGAAAGCAGCUUGCUCAAGGCACGGCCGAGUACUCAUUCGCGCAGCACCACCUGACUGCUUUGGAUUCUAAAUCGGAGAGUGAUCCCCAAGAGCUCGAAGACAUAUCUGGUGCCGCUGGAGUCAUGUAUGCGGCUGGAGCUGACACGACUUACUCCACUCUUUCGAUCUUUGCGCUACUUAUGACACUUCAUCCCGAGUGUCAACGUAAAGCUCAAGAAGAGAUAGACGCUAUUAUUGGACCAGACAGAUUACCGACGUAUACCGACCGUCCUUCACUCCCCUACUUGGAGUGUAUUCUACAAGAAACGCUUCGUUGGUACCCUGUCGUCACCGUCGGGGUUCCUCAUCGCUCGAUCGCGGAUGAUGUUUACAAAGGGUUUUUUAUCCCGAAAGGAUCGAUGAUUUUCGCUAACAUUAGGGGAAUGAGUUUAAACGAGAACACCUAUGCUGACCCCAACCGGUUCAUGCCUUCGAGGUUCUUACCAAAGCCAGAAGGCAACGGUGAACCUCAUUUCGAGUCCGUUUGGGGUUUCGGGCGACGGCAAGUUCAACUGAAACACCUUAUCUUUGACCGCGGCAUUUUUAACAUUCUAUUCAGUGUGUGUAUAGGACAGCACUUUGCAAACGCUAGUCUAUGGUUGGCUAUGGCAACAAUCCUCGCUACACUCAAUAUAACGAAAUCCAAAGAUAAGUAUGGAAAUGAGAUCACGCCAGAGGUUGUUUUCACGACAGGAAUGAUUCAGCUCCCAGCUCCAUUCAAGUGUAGUAUGCGAGCUCGAUCUCCAGCUGCGGAACAUUUGGUGCAUGCUCAAUUCUAGAGUUGGAGCAAGUAGGGUGGUUUACCGACUCUGUGAAUGUCCGCCGGUUCCAGAAGCAUAUUUUGUUUGAGGACGUAGCGGUUUUGAUACCGUCCGAAAUGCUAGUUACUUAGUAUUCGUGGGUGACGCGUUUUGAAACCCCAU